CUGUAGUCCAUAUUUAUUUUAGUAUAACUGUCGGGCGAGUCAAGUUCCCCGCUGCAAUUACAAAUUACCAGACCUGCUGAUUUUUCUACUUUUAAACUUUAUAGAUAACACAUAUCUGAAGCGCCAGAUCCAUACAGACAAAAUACUUGUGAUCAAUGACAAAAUCUCGAUUUGAAAGAAUGAGAGAACUUUGUAUUUUUGGCUUUUUUCCUUUAGUGGUAUGUGUUUUGGUGGUUACAAUAUGCGGAGAAGCACAGCCGAAUGACAAUUUAACGAAGUUUCCAACGCACAGAUGGACAUGUACCGAAAAUAAAUGCGUUAAACUAACUGACCCAACGAAUAGUUCAUGCGGAACUACGCUUGAUACAUGCAACAUGCUUUGUGGAGAAAAUCCACCUCUAUGGCCACAACCAAAAUAUAUCGAAUUAAAAAAGAAGAAUUCCUCAACUUUUUUAAAGCAGCACAUAUUGCUGAAGAUUCACUCGCCUGAAGCAGUGAAAAGUGAAUUAGAAGAAGCUUCCAACAGAUUCUUGCUCACUUUAGUUGGAGAUACACGGGAAUAUCAAUUGUAUGAAGAUGAAGAUCAAAUCAUCAAGUUAAAUAUUCAUGUUAAAGAAGCAGAUUUGAAGCUCGCAACAACUACGAACGAAAGUUAUUCAUUGUAUAGCCAAAAACUGCCAGAUUUUAUUUUGGUUAAUAUGUUUGCUGAAAAUUAUUAUGGCGCUAGACAUGGGCUUGAAACUCUCAGCCAACUGAUUUGGUAUGAUACAAUUAGCGGCAGAUUUAGGAUAGUUCACGAUGUAAAAAUUGUCGAUCAACCCAGUUUCACGCAUCGAGGGCUUAUGCUGGAUGUUUCUAGACACUAUUUCCCAAUAGAACUUCUGAAAAAGGCUUUGGACGGAAUGGCUGCAUCAAAACUCAACGUGUUCCAUCUUCACAUUUCCGAUUCUACUAGUUUUCCCUUAGUUCUUCCGAAUAACAAAGAGCUGGCUUUUGAUGGGGCGUAUGACGAGGAUUCCAAAUACACCUCAGCUGAUAUCGAAGAUCUGGUUGAAUAUGCAAGAAAGCGAGGAAUUCGGACGAUAAUGGAAGUCGAUGCGCCAAGUCACAUCACAUCAGAAGCAUGGGAUAAAAGCCAAGUAUUAUGUGAUAAUCCUGAUCUGUUCAGAUCAACUUUAAACCCUGAUAAUCCCGAGACUCUAAACACACUUCAAGGCAUUUAUAGUGACUUAUUCGCUCUGGGUGCUGAUAGGGAAACGUUUCAUAUCGGCGAUGAUGAAGUUGUUGUCGAUUGCUGGAAAGGAACUAACUCAGCAAAAGGAGCGGAUAUGAAUAUUUACGCUGUUUGGGCUAAAUUCACCAACGAUAUGAUGAACCGAGUUAAACUAGCAAACAACGGUACUAUCCCGAAGAAUAUUGUCCUUUGGUCAAGUCCACUAACUGAUAGAUACUUAAAGUAUCUGUCCUAUCAAAACGAUCUCGUGGUGCAGUAUUGGUUCGGAGAGUUCAAGCCCAUUCUGGAAAAUGGCUACAAAAUCAUCUUUUCGACUGUAGGGCGAUGGUAUCUGGAUUGCGGCUUUGGACCUUGGAAGAAAAAUGACCAGAAUGGAGCGUGUGAUCCUUAUACUGAUUGGAAAAAGUUCUACCAGUAUCGUCCUUGGAAGGAUUACUCAAACAGGAUCAAUCAAGUUUUAGGUGGGGAAGUGUGUCUUUGGACUGAACAGGUUAGCACUGAUGAUAUGGAAACGAGAUUAUGGCCGCGAGCAGCCGCAUUUGCUGAACGAGUAUGGAGCGACCCACUGAUUUUUCAUCAAAAUGAUGCGUUUAGCAGAAUCGACUUCCAUUCACGCCGAUUGAAGAACCGCGGAUUUCGAGUGGCUGCUAUUUGGCCUCAAAUAUGCUCUCUGUAUCCGGAUAAGUGUUGAUUUGAUAAUAGUUUAAGCUUCACUUUUGAACUCCGAGGUUGUGAUAAUGUAAAUAAAAUGAAUAUUAGUACUUUUAA